ACCAUCUCGGAGACCAGCUCGAACAGUAGUGGAGGAGAAAAGACAGGAGACGCCUCGCCAGCCUCUGCACAGGCAAUGACACCUGGAGGUGAACGAUCCGAGACGCCAUCGGGUUCGAGUGCCCCUUCGAUGUUCCGCAGGCCUUCUCGUGGUACAACGACCAACCUCUCUGUACCUUCUGGUCGUACAGGCAUGAAUCUCCCAAAGGGCCUCUUCUUUGAUUGGAUCAGGGGAGAUGAAGUAGCACAGUGUCACGCUUUGGAGACGCAAGCCUACGAUCCAGAAGAUCAGGCUAGCAAAGAGAGGAUGAAGUAUCGACAGGCCAAUGCCCCCCACCUCUUCCUGGGAGCGUACAUCCCCACUCCACCUCCCAAAGUGGCAGGACCAUUGAGCGUGGGUCAUUACUCUACACCACGCAGAAUUAUUGGAUUCAUCAAUGGCACUGCUAGCUCGAGUCUGUCGGCGAGGGCACUGGCUGUGCACACAGUCUCGAACGAAGAAGAUGGCGCAGAGGCUUGGAUGGUCUGUCUAGCGUCGAUUGUGGUGGAUGAACAAUAUCGUCGCAAGGGCGUCGGACUGCGCAUGCUGGAAGAAUACCACAUGCGUCUGCGGAGAGCCGAAGAGGGACGAGGAGACCAGAAGCGAGGCCAAUUGGAACAGCCAAAGGGCUACGAAUGCGUAGGGAUCUUGACGCAUGAAGAGACGAUCAAAUUCUUCCUCAAGGCAGGGUUCAAGGUACAGGGUGUCAGCCACGUCAGAGUUGGCAGUGGAGGUUGGGUAGAGAUGAGGAGAUAUCUCAAGGGCAAGCCACCACAGCAAGACAAGCAGGAAGGUCUUCAAACGGACAAAGCGCAGAUGAUGGAAGCAACCUCAUCGGCAGACGGCGACCGUAAUGCGGUUGAGGAGUCUUCUUCGGCACCGGCCACUCCUCGCAAGGGCGCCUCAAUGAAUCUCAAGGAUCUCCUCUUUGAAUCGCCCAGCGCAGCAUCGCCUCCCGAGAAGCCUGCCUCGACGGCCAAGUCAGCGCCGACGUCUCGGAAGCCAUCAGGUCCCAGUCUCGGUCCCUUCUCGCAGUCGGAUCUCCUCGCAGCACUGACUGCUUCCUCUGCAGGCUACGCACCGGGUACGAACCCCUCUCAACCCUUCUCCUCCAUCCUGGGACAGACGCUAGCAGGCAAGACCUUUGUCGAGGAUGCCUAUGUGGCUCUAGAAGCUCGACUGGUAGACAAGAGAAAGGGAAAGUACGAAGACGACGACAAGGGCAGCGGUGGGAAUCUGGCGGAGAUUUGGUGUCCGCAGGAAAAAUGUGGAUGCAAGCUGAUCCGAAAAGGAGUAGCAAUGUGGGAGCUGGCCGAGUCAGGACCUCUCACAGACUCGCGGCUGUGCGAUGACUCGCUCCCGGCAGGAGCCGCAGCGCUACCACCUACACCACAACCACCCCCUGCUCCCGCCAGCCAUAUCCGAGCACUGCAAGAGCGGGAGCGCCAGCGCGCCAAGAGCGGGGAAGUCACCACGCCCAUCAGGCCUUUCUGGUCCCUUCUCAGUCCGAUGAGCUUUGAGAAUAUUGGAUUCUCGAAAGAUGUUCAGUGGAAAGUACCCCUGCCGCCUAUGGCGAGCGGAGGAGGAGGAGGGAUGACGCGAUCUGCAUCUGCGGAUGAGGAUCUAGUCGCUUCGCCUACUUCUAUGGGACAUGCUGGUUCCUCGCAUGGAAAGGAGGCAGCUGGAUCUAAUGGAUUCUUUGCUGGCGACCACAACCACAGCCACAGUCAGAGCAACCUCAACGCCAAGGGCAGUGGGAACAAUGGAAGUUCUGCUUCUGGCACUGCUGGCAGCGGCGACGCAGGAGCAGUCGGAGCAGGUAGCAGCACCUCUGAGCGAGACCAGCAGAUACUGACCGUCAAGUACCUCCUAUGUCCCCAAUGCGAUACGGGUCCAUUGGGGUAUACCAUUGUGCCCCUGAGCAUGCAGGGUGGGAAAAUGGGAUUGGCCGUUGGUGAAGAGAUCAAUUCUGGUGGUGGUGGUGGUGGUGGAAUGCAGGAAUUGCAAAUUUUCCUCUUGGCGGCAGAGAGGGUGCGCUAUCGCUUUGUCAAGUAAGUGAGCGACGCGAGAGCGGGGAGUGGGGAGCGGGGAGCGGGGAGACAGGGGAGUGAGGGUAGAAGGGAGAAGGGAGCAGCAGCCCUUGUGCAAGGCAAAAAGGAGGAGGAGUAGGAGGAGGAGAGGGGAGGAUGAAGGGGUGGCCAUGUAAAGUCUACGAGGGCUAAAAAGCAAUUUCCAACGACGUACGAUGUACGAUGAUCAACGCUGUAUGAGCUAUGAGGUAUGAGCUAUGAGCUAUGAGCUAUGAGCUAUGGGCUAUGGGCUAUGAAAGACCAAAAUCAUGAAAUUUCCCCU